CACCUAACAACAACCCCAACCCCACAGGCUCGAGCACAACGACCCCACCCCCCUCAACCCCCUCUGAUAGAGGGGACGGAGCCAGAGACACAGUCACGGAGAAAAGACCGUUCCGGUAUCCCGGCUCCGUUUCGCCCUCAAUCCGGGCCUAAUGCUGUAGCAGACCGCGCGGGAGGAGAGCGCGAGUGAGACAACGCAGUGACAGAGAGUCGGCGAGGGACAGGGCGGACCGGGGAGACGACGGGAUUGCUCAUUCGCCUGGAAACAUGGGAUGUACGCUGAGCGCCGAGGAGCGCGCCGCUCUGGACCGGAGCAAGGCCAUCGAGAAAAACCUGAAAGAGGACGGGCUGGUCGCCGCCAAGGACGUCAAACUCCUCCUGCUCGGCGGCGGAGAGUCCGGCAAAAGCACCAUUGUCAAGCAGAUGAAGAUUAUACAUGAAGAUGGCUUUUCUGGGGAUGAUGUGAAGCAGUACAAGCCUGUGGUCUACAGCAACACCAUCCAGAGCUUGGCAGCCAUCCUUCGAGCCAUGGACUCUCUGGGCAUCGAGUUUGGAGACAGGGAUCGAAAAGCCGAUGCUAAGCUGGUUUGUGACGUGGUCAGUCGUAUGGAGGACACAGAGCCAUACUCUGCAGAGCUCCUCAGCGCUAUGAAGCGUUUAUGGGCUGACGCUGGGACUCAGGAGUGCUUCAACCGUGCCCGGGAAUACCAGCUCAAUGAUUCGGCUAAAUACUAUCUGGACAGUCUAGACCGGAUUGGUGCAGCAGACUACCAGCCCACAGAGCAGGACAUCCUGAGAACUCGAGUGAAGACCACUGGCAUUGUCGAAACCCACUUCACCUUCAAAAACCUCCACUUCAGGCUGUUUGAUGUGGGAGGUCAGAGGUCAGAGAGGAAGAAGUGGAUUCACUGCUUCGAAGAUGUGACGGCCAUUAUCUUCUGCGUCGCUCUGAGCGGGUACGACCAGGUGCUCCAUGAAGAUGAAACAACUAACCGCAUGCAUGAAUCGCUCAUGCUCUUCGAUUCCAUCUGCAACAACAAGUUCUUUAUCGACACCUCCAUCAUCCUCUUCCUUAACAAGAAGGAUCUAUUCGCUGAGAAGAUAAAGAAGUCCCCGCUGACGAUCUGUUUUCCAGAAUACACAGGUGCUAAUACUUACGAAGACGCUACUGCAUAUAUUCAGGUUCAGUUUGAGAGUAAGAACCGCUCUCCAAACAAGGAGAUCUACUGUCACCUGACCUGUGCCACAGACACAGGAAACAUCCAGGUAGUGUUUGAUGCAGUCACUGACAUCAUUAUUGCAAACAACCUUAGAGGGUGUGGCUUAUACUGAGGCCGGGCCAAGCACAGAGGUUGUCAUGGAGUGUAUGAGGUGUUAAUAAUGAUAAUUUUGAUGAUACUUAAACACAUAAAUAUGUAAUUCUACAUGUCCAAAUGGACCCAAAGAGCUGCCGUCAGACACCACACUGGAUUAUUGCCAUGAUUUGUUCCCUUCCUCUUAUUUUGAUUUCAGUACAAAACCCCACUUUUGUCAUUUUUUUUUCUAAAUGUGUUUUUGAGCUGAAUGUUUCAUGUUUCGUUGAUAACUGUGUCAACAACCGGGAGGGUCAAAAGCGGCAGCACCAGGGGUUUAUUCAGCUGGAGCCUGAAAUGUAACGCGAGGAGCAUGCUGCGCCAUUUUUAAGCACAACGUGGAAUAUUGUCCCCAGAUUUUGUGGGCAUUUUUAUGUGCAAGUCUCAAGGCUCGUCUACUUGGACUGAAUACAGCCUCUGGUGCUCCGUUUGAAGAGCUGCUGUGUGUGUGAAGGUGGAGAUGAUGACUAUGAUGUCAGGGAGGUGCUGUACUCGUGGCUGAGAGUUAUGGAUGGAAAAGAAGGAGGCUAUUUAAACUUUCCUUCAGACGCGCACAUGACCGAGUAGCCUGCAGGUCUGUUCCACUCUCGGUUUUCUCUUUUACUUUAAUCACAAUUAGAAGAGAAGAUCCUUCUGUUCAGAGUGGCUGCCCAUCGCCACUGCCCUCCUGUAGCCUGAGGAAAUACCUAACAGCCAAUGAUAUCUCAAAAAAAAAAGAAAAAAAAAAAAAAAGUCAUAUCGGUGCCAACCAUCUGAGAACAACAGAUAGAGGAAUAGGAUCAGAAAUCAUAGCUCAUAAUAUCAACUAUAUUAUUUAAGCAACAGAUAUAACAUGUUAUCAGUGAAUGAUCUAUUUAUUUAAGCCUCAUGCCCUACAUGCCUCCUCCUACCUCCUGAAAUCCCAUGCCACUUAUUUAUUUCCUGUCAUGAAAAACCGGGGUGCACCAAAUCUCGUCUUUGGUACAGAGGGUAGGAAACAGCCCUCCAGUGACAUCUUGUUCUCCGUGUGGUGCGUGACCCUUCGAUGUGAAACUG